AUGGCCGAUGUGUAUGUAAAUCGCAAGCUGUUGGCACCGAACGAUUCAUACUUAACACACAAGUCAACGAGUCUUGACCAAUUUGAGAGUAUACCAACCACAACUAAUGAAGAAUAUGUAGAUUUUAAAAGGCCGGAAUAUUUGAACUUGGUGUGCACAAGUACAAAUGGUAUUCAGAACGGCUUGGCAAACUCGGCAAACAAUCGGGAUUUCUACACGUUAAACCAGUUGCUGGUUCCUUUUAUAGAGAAGAGAACCUUUGAGUUGCUCGACUCGGUGUGCGCGCUGCACUGGUGUUGUUUUUCAGGACAUAUUGACCUUGUCAAUAAGUUGCUGGAUAUAGGCUGUGACCCGUUUCUUCCCGAUCCAAUCAACUAUGAGUCGCCCAUAUACUAUGCAAUUAAAUCGUCAAGCGCCCACAUAGUGUCGGUGCUCCUGAAGAGGUUCGGCCCGCUCAUCCUGUGCCACGAGAACAGGAUCGGAAAGACGCCGUUCCUAGUGGCAGUAUCGGAGUUUGUUGAAGAGGAUAUUCUGGCAGUGCUGCACGUGUUAGAGUUUUUGUACCUGUCAGGAGUGUCGGUGGAGGAGCAGGACCAAAACGGCACUACGGCAGUCAUGUUUGCCUGCAAGAGGGGCCAGUUGUUUGUGGUACAGUGGCUGCUCAAGAAGGGAGCUGACUUAUCGCAUAGAGACCACUUCGGAUCCACAGUGCUGCACUACGCAGUCAUUGGAGCCAAUUUGGAAGUGGUAAUGUUCCUGGUGCAAAAGGGACUGGCGGGACUGACUAAAGUAAAAUCGCUAAACAACGUUAACCCGUCAGAGCCAGCACUGGAGCAGGACUCCCUCGACUUGUGCAAAGAAAGAGGCAAUAAGCUGCAGUACCUGUUGCUGUGGAUGUGCUGGCUCCAGUGGAGAACAUUUGGAAGGGUUUAUGCCUUUAACAGCGUGUAUCCAGUGUUAUACUGGCUAGUGUCGGUUUUAAACCUGCUUAUGCUCUUCCCGGUCUGGAGUGGCACAUAUGAAUUUAGACCAGAUAAAAACAAGUUCUUUUACGUGUUUCUUUUUUCGUAUUUUAUGACACAGGCGUUUUGGGUCAUGAAUAAGUUGAGUGAUCCAGGUGUUUCGAAGAAUGAGGGAUAUUGGUUACCGUAUUAUUCGCCACCUGACUAUUUAAGACUUACUCCGUUUGAAGGAGUGUUGGAUUCACUCCACAAGAGACAGCAAAUGGUCAACUUUGAAUACUAUUGCAUAAACAAGGACCUUAAUAAGCACUUCUUUGCUAAAACGAACACUAGCAAAUAUGCCAAAAAGUAUAAAAACUCAAUUAGCAAUGAGGAUUUGCUGGAACCAUUGAAUGAUGAGGACACAGUGAACCCAUUCUUGCCAAGAGUGAAUACGUGUAACGAGGAAAUAAAUAACAUCACGACGGAAAUGAGGUCGGUCUACCCACAGGUGGCAAAUGAGAGGUGCACAAAGAAUACCAAGGAGUAUAACAACGCGGUUUUAAACUUUGAGAACUCGAAUAAAAUAUGUUUAACCUGCGGGAAGACUAGAGCAAUGAGGGAACACCAUUGUGCAAUAUGCAAUACGUGCUUAAUACGACAGGACCACCACUGCGCGUGGCUGGAUAACUGCGUCGGCUCGGGGAACCAGAAGAAGUUCUUCGUGUUCCUGAGCUUCCUGGGAUUCACGUUCGUGUACUUCUACUUCCUGUUCUUCCAGUACUUCACGUUGAGGUUCACCAGGGGGAUAGUGAUGAGGGACGUGAUGCUGUUCUCAGUGGGAGUGCUGGGAAACGGACUGUUUCUGUUCUUCGUGAUUCACCUGUGGCUAAGGACAAUAAGGUCGAUGCUGACGGACGUAACAUACUACGAGUUCCUAAAGAAACCGCCACACAUCAGGCUGAAAUACAAGGGAAACGUCCACGAAAGACUCUGGGACUUCAAAGGACUCAAAUUCGGGGAACUCGUGAAAAACGUCGUCAAGUUCUGGACGUACAAAGUAAAACACUACGAGGCAGAAUCGGCCUAA